UGUCAUACGCGUCGAUUGGGUAAGAAUGGGAGGGCGUUUUGAGAACCUAUUCUACACAACGGACGCGACUGGAAGAAAAAAGGCGCCAACACCCUACUCCUUGUUCAAAUGGAUCGUGGAUUUCUUGACGGCAGACUUUCAACCGCGGGCAUCGUUUGUCGCUGGGCUUGUGCUAGGCUUGAGGCUGGGCUAAACACGGGCCGGAUUAAAGUAGUGGUAAUGAUACAUAGCGACAAACAGUGAUCAACGUUUUUUUUUUGGUACUUUGUUUUUUAUCCUCCAUAAAAUCUUGCUUUCGCUAUCAUGGGUCGUCGUGCCAAGAACAAGCAGGGUGCACCAGAACCACUUGAUCCGAAAUGCCUAGAUCUAUCCCGAAAACGAAAGGCCGGGAACGACCUCAACGACAAGGAAACUGCUCCAAGACCCCCGAAGAAACUGAAGAAAACAGGUCAUGUCAAAACAAAAUCCAGGGACUCUAUCAAAGUCAAAGCAAAGGAACCUGUUAAGACAAAGGCAAUACCUUUGAAGGGAAAACAGAAGGCUCGGGUGGAUUCAGAGUCUUCAGACGGGUGGGAGCAUGUUGAGGAGCAAGCAAAUUUGGAUGCGUCCCUUAUGGAUGACAACUUCAAUGAUCUAGACAUGGAAGACGAUGAACCUCUGCGCGGGCCCGUACAAGAGUUCCAAUUCAGCGAAGAUGAUGAUGAGGAUGAAGUCAUCCUUCCCUCGAAAGCUAAAAAGUCGAAGCAAAGCAAAAGACCUACAAAAAUUAUACCCACAGCUUCCAACAAUUCCUCAGAUUCUGACGAGGAAGAGUCUGAUGAGGAUGAUCCUACAACUAUGGCCAACAUGGAGGCCCGUUCACGCGCAUUAGAUGCGAAAGCUGCUGCUGAGGCUAAAUUGGACGCUGAAGAGUUGCAGCAGGCAGCAUUCAACGACGGUGACGAUGAUCUCGAUAUGGACGAAGACGAAGACGAGGUGGAUGAGGAGGACAGAUUUCAUUUACCUACAGCUGCAGAGAGGGAAGAGGAGAAGAAGUCGGGCGGUCCUGAUGUGCAUCUAGUACAACGGCGCAUGAGAGAAUGCGUACGGGUGUUAAGUAGGUUCAAGAAGUUGGCCCAACCAGGACGCUCUCGAUCGGAAUACACUGACCAACUCCUAGCCGACAUUGCAAGUUAUUAUGGUUAUAACGAUUUUUUGGCAGAGAAGUUGUUCCUUCUCUUUCCCAUCGCCGAGGCUAUAGAGUUCUUUGAAUCCAAUGAAGUAUCGCGUCCUGUCACGAUUAGAACGAACACUCUACGGACUCGGCGGCGCGACCUUGCGCAAACACUAGUUAAUCGCGGUGUUAAUUUAGAACCUAUAGGUAAAUGGACGAAUGUUGGGUUGCAGGUAUUUGAAAGCAGUGUCCCCAUCGGUGCUACUCCUGAAUAUCUCGCCGGACAUUACAUGCUUCAAGCAGCGUCUUCUUUUCUCCCCGUGAUAGUUCUAGCGCCAGAACCAAACGAACGCAUAUUGGAUAUGGCUUCUGCCCCUGGAGGGAAGACCACGCACAUCGCUGCUCUUCUGCAAAAUACCGGAGUAGUGUUUGCUAACGAUGCGAACAAGUCCCGAACGAAGAGUCUUACAGCGAAUGUGCAUCGUCUGGGUUGCAAGAAUGUCAUCGUCUGCUCUCAUGACGGUCGAGAAUUUCCCAAGGUUAUGGGAGGAUUCGACCGGGUCUUGCUAGAUGCUCCAUGCAGCGGCACGGGCGUUAUUAGCAAAGAUUCAAGCGUCAAAGUUAACAAGUCCGAACGCGAUUUCACACUAUUAUCGCACCUCCAAAAACAGCUUAUUCUCUGUGCCAUUGAUAGUGUCAGUCCCGAGUCAAAGACCGGUGGCUAUCUGGUGUACUCGACUUGUUCCGUUACCGUGGACGAGAACGAAGCGGUCGUGGACUAUGCUCUCAAAAAACGGCCGCACGCCAGGCUAGUUGACACUCGUCUUGAGUUCGGGCGAGAGGGCUAUACGAAGUAUCGCGGGAAGACAUUCCAUCCAAGUGUCAGGUUGACUCGGAGGUUCUAUCCCCAUGUGCACAAUAUGGAUGGUUUCUUCGUUGCGAAGUUCAAAGUUGAGAAGAAGGGUAAGGAACAUCCGGUCGCGACGCAGAAGGUUGAAGUUAUCCCAGAUGGGCUGGAGGCUGUUGAAGAUACGGAAGCCGCAGCGUUCGAUUCAGACGAAGAUCGGCCGUAUCUUGAAGAUGCCAAACGCCGACGUAUGAAAGCGAAGGGCUUACGGCCACCGCCCCGGACAAAGCCCCCCCAGUCUCUUCCGCUGUAACAGCUACAGCAUAAGUAGUCUACGACAGUGAGGGAGGGCCUAGGCUGAUCAUAUCAUUAUGCAAUCCUGCGUUCCACAUGGGUCUCGUUACUAUGAACAUAUUCUUUUGUUUCAUGAUCUUUCCAUCAGGCGGGUGCCUCUUCAACCUAAUAUGAUGGCCAAGAGAAACAAUAAAUAAGUUGCGAUGUUGGACAUGAGACGUCGGAAGGUCCUAUGCUGC